ACCUGAAAUAGCGCAUGAGACUGCGAUCAAACUGCCAACGGCGCCAUUGUAAUCGAGCCCAUGUUAAGUAUGCGUUUUGCUAAAUUGAAAACUGCAUUGUAAAACAAAACUUUUUAAAGAUGUGCAAAACUAAAAUUACACUUUCAUGUUUACUACUUUUCUAUACGACAGUGUGUUCAGGGUUUCUUCAAAUGUCGAGGGAUUUCGAAAAGAUGAUUGGGUUGGGUCCUUCGUGCACGGGAUGUUCCAAUCGUUAUUGCAACGAUGACAGGAGUAUCAUUUUUGGCUACUGCUGCGGAUGUGCAAGACUUAGAGACGUUUUACCAGUAGGAUGUUCAAACUCGAUAGUAUGCCCGCUGAAUACUCACAAACUUUGUAUUGACUUUGAAUAUAUGAUGCACUGUUGUUGUUAAAAUAAAUAUUGGAUGAAAUCACGUAUUUACUGUUGUGCAGCAUCCACUCCUAGUCUUUUCUUGUGAACAUGAGUAGAAGGAACAAUAAUUUUUCACGAAAUACGCAAUUCUUGCAGCUUUAUCAUGCUUCGUAGCUUGUAGCUUUUAAGAUUCACCAUCUUAACAGCCAUAAAUUUGGAAUGGAAUUUUUCACAGCUUUUCUUCAAUUGAGGUUUGGUUUAAGCUGAUCUCACUUUAUACAAUAAGUUCCAUUUGAAUUGAAUCUAGUC